GUAUCUUAUACUUAUUUUUUUUUUCUUCAAUAAUUCUCAGCUGAAUCAUAAAAUAGCAAAAAUGACUUCUGUACUUAACUUGGAAUACUGUUUGGACGGUUUAGAGAAUCUUCCUAUUGAGUUACAACGAAACUUCACUCUGAUGCGAGAUCUCGACUCCAGAGUUCAACAACUGAUGCGCAAUAUUGACAAACUGACAGACGAAUAUAUGUCAAAUGUCAAGGGAUACACAGCAGAUAAAAAACGCGAAAUGUUGACCAACAUACAACGUCAGUUUGACAAAGCUAAAGAAUAUGGUGAUGAUAAAGUUCAAUUGGCUAUACAAACUUAUGAAUUGGUAGAUAAACAUGUCAGAAAAUUUGAUUCAGAUUUAGCACGCUUUGAAGCUGAAAUUCAAGACAGAGUCAUUAGUGCUACAAGAAAUAUAGAAGACAAUUCACAAAAACAAGGACGUAAAAAGAUUAAAGACAAAGAAAUUAAAAAGAAGAGUGCAUCGAGUGAAGAAGAAACAGCUCCAAACAAAACAUCUAAAAAGAAACAACCGAAAAAAGGAAUUACUAAAACAACAAGUGCAGCACCUAGUAAAACACCUUUAAAUAAUGUUGUCACUAAUCCAACAAACCCUACAAAUAGUGUAACCCAUGUUACAAUAGAAACUAGUUCCCUUACUGGUGCCGGAGUUGCACACUCGGCAGAAGUAUUGGAUAUGCCCGUUGAUCCAAAUGAACCAACGUAUUGUUUAUGCAACCAAGUUUCUUAUGGUGAAAUGAUUGGCUGUGAUAAUCCAGAUUGUCCUAUUGAAUGGUUCCACUUUGCAUGUGUCAAAUUAACUACCAAGCCUAAAGGAAAAUGGUUCUGUCCUAAAUGUAUAACAGACAGGAAGAAAAAAUAAUACAUAUUAAAAAUGAAAUAAGUUUUUUUAUAUACAUAUAAUUAAUGUAUAAUGUAUGUUAAUUUUCUUAUGG